AUGCCUUAUAUGUUUUCAAAACACAAAUCUGAGUGUUCUCUGUUCCUUGUCCGCAUGGCUUCUGUGCAGAAGCCUAGGUUCCGCUUAAGCGAGCUUGGCACUAGGCAGAGGCAACACACUUGCUUAGCGCCUACUGCUUACUUUUUCCUUGAUCCAGGCUAUCAUCAUGUAUUAAGGAGGUGUUUGGUUAGGCUUAUGUUGGCUGAUAUGCCAAAAGAACACCUAUCCAUGGGGUUUUGCCUUUUGGCUUUUGGCUGGAUAUUGUUACAUGAUGGUAUAAGCCAAAAAUACAUAAAUUGGUGUUUUUUGGGCUUAUACGCCAAAGUUAGCCUAGCCAAACACCCCCAAAGCCAUCUCAGAGGACACCUCUUAGUUAGGGGAGAAUGCAUGGGUUGGUUUUGUUAG